AAUCCAUUAGAAAAAGGAGUAGUGAGCUGUCAAGAGAUGGUGUGUAGUGUUGGCUGCAGCUUUGCAAAAUGUUUGGAAAACUUUUUCUUUUUCUACUUCUCCUCGUUAUUUUUCACCACAACCCCACUGACGCUCAGAAGAAGAAGGAGACUCUGCUGUCAGAGAAGGUGAUUCAGAUGAUGGAGUGGGCCUCCAAGCGUUCAGUCAUCAGGAUGAAUGGAGACAAGUUCCGUCGCUUUGUCAAGGCUCCUCCCAGAAACUACUCGGUGGUCAUCAUGUUUACAGCACUACAGCCUCAGAGACAGUGUGGGGUUUGCAGACAAGCUGAUGAGGAGUUCCAGGUGCUGGCUAACUCCUGGCGUUAUUCCUCUGCCUUCACUAACAAAGUCUUCUUUGGAUCUGUCGAUUUUGAUGAAGGAUCAGACGUCUUCCAGAUGCUGAAUAUGAAUUCUGCUCCGACCUUCCUCCACUUCCCACCCAAAGGGAAACCUCGCAAGUCUGAUACGUAUGAGCUGCAGGUCAGAGGCUUUGCAGCGGAGCAGCUGGCUAGAUGGGUGGCAGACAGGACUGAUGUGCAGAUCCGUGUAAUUCGUCCCCCCAACUAUGCUGGGCCUCUACUUCUGGGGUUCCUCCUGGCUGUGAUUGGUGGACUGGCAUAUCUACGAAGACACAAUUUGGAGUUUCUGUUUAAUAGGAAUGUCUGGGCCUUCUCUGCACUGUGCUUUGUCCUGAUCAUGACCUCAGGCCAGAUGUGGAAUCACAUCAGAGGACCACCUUAUGCACACAAGAAUCCCAACACCGGACAAGUUAGUUACAUUCACGGCAGCAGUCAGGCCCAGUUUGUGGCUGAGACACACAUUGUCUUACUCUUCAAUGCUGCUGUUAGCAUGGGAAUUGUGCUGCUGUGUGAGGCUGCUACUUCUGACAUUCACAUUGGAAAGAGGAAGGUUAUGUGUGUAGCAGGUAUUGGUAUGGUGAUGCUGUUCUUCAGCUGGCUGUUGUCCAUUUUCAGAGCAAAGUACCAUGGAUACCCAUACAGCUUCCUGAUGAGUUAAAGCAGCCCAACAUUCUCCAUCUUCACAGCAAGUAACCUGAGAAGAGGAAGUUCUGUCAACAGGCAGGGUGCUGUCCAUGGCAGCGAUACCACUAUUAUUUGCUGAGCCUUGAUUGGUCUUCUGAUGUGGUAUAUCAAAAGUGUGUUUGUGUGAACACAAUUUUGAUAAAACCAGUACAACUUGUUUGUAAAGAUACAACACUUUUGAUACAAAGCUGUAAUCACUAGUGAGCGUUAUAGAAUGUUUUGUGCCAAAAACGGUUUCCUACGUUAGAAUCUAAACAAAAAUGUCUUGAAUUGAUGAUGGGUAAUAGUUUAGGAUACAAACUCCAAUGUCUGUCUUUGUUUGAAACUGCUGGGCUUACAUUGAGGUCCUACACUGUUCUGUUUGUUUAGCUGCUGUUGUUUGCAACUCUGUGGCUGAACUUAGAACUGGUUAUGUGAGGUAGCUUCUGGAAAUAGUCAUUUUAACCACCCCAUCUCUGGGUCCUGUAAACUCUUGUCUAGCACCUUCUACAGGGUGUAUAAGGUGUUAGUGUCUUUUUGUGUUGUCCUUUGAGGGGGAAAAAAGUAUAUUCCAAAUAGGAGAAGUUUAUAUCUUUCAUUUCAUGAUGGCUCCUUUAGUUUUGCAUUCAUUUGCCAGAAUACUGUAAAGUCUUUGUGUACACAGAUGAAGAGUUUGUUUGCAGUCAGCCAAUCAGAUGGCUUUGUUUUAAGCCAUAUUUGUAUAAAACGGUCAGAUCAGCAUUGUAUCACUGGCUGACACUUAUAGACAGAUGCUCCUAAUUAGCUUUUCUGCUAAAGUCUUAUCUAAUUUACAAACAUGAAACCCACAUAUUGUUUUGGAGACACUUGGAGCUGCCGGUGCCCCUGGAGUUCUGGGAACUUAGAGAAGUUUCUCUAAUGAAGGUCUAUAUGGCUGGUAAUCCAGCUUCUGUGCCUGCUAAUUACAACAGCAGUGUUAAGUUUUCUACAGUUUUUUUUUCCCACUCCUACAUGGUAUCUUUCAAGUAGGAAUGGACACUAUGGCUCAUGGGAACUGUAGUAUGGUAUUUAGACAAAUUUACCAAGCCAAAGGUUUGUGAGGGUAGAGAAGUAACCCUAUAAAUGCCAUCAUGUUAUCAAGCAGUCUUGUUUGUGUUGAUGAACACAGGUGUUGCCAUUUAGAGCAAAGGUUUCAAAUGCUUUUUUGCUUUUUUUUUAACAGUAAAAUCCUUGCAGAACCUGCAGCUUCACUCAUUGUGCUACUUAAUAACCUAUGUGCCUUACACUGCUGAGCUACUGGAGGAUCUGGUGACGUGUCUGCUUAUGAGCUGAAUAUAAUUGCUUUGUUUCAUGUCAUGCUUCACAGUCCUGUGACAUUCUAAACCUGACAGCAGCGUGACAUGUUACAGCACUGAAAAUGAACUUCAACUGUGUAAUCAACACUGUUACCAUCCCUCACUCACUCAUUCAUUUUCAGUCAAAGAUUUAUAGUAAAAAUGUUAAAUGAAUAAUUUUUCAGAUGAAGCUUGUACAAUAUACCUUUGGUCUUUCACCUUUAGUAGAUCUAUAGAGAGUGGGGGCUUGGGUGGAAUAGGGUGAUUUUUUUUUUUUUAGUUUUUAUUCAGAAACCUUAACCCCUGAGUAAGAUGAGAUUUUGGAGUUUGUAUACAAACUCAGUCCUUUAAAUGUCUGUGGCUGCCUUAUCAGGUUGUACUGGGAGAGAAUAUUUGGUGUGAGGUGAUUAUUUCUGAUAUUAAAGUGCCUUAACAGCUUCUUAA